AUGAAACAGGGUGGACGAACGAGACGCUAUCCAGAAGAAGACAUUCACGAAAUGGGUCAACAAGCAUCUCAAAAAGUUGAAAUGAGUGCGGUAGCUGGCCACCCCUGCUCCAAAGUUCCAACUGCGUGUACGGAGAAGACGUCGUCCCGGAGGGAAGUACGCGUGGCCCCGGAGCCCAGCCCAGCCUCGCCACGCCGCGCCGUGCGGGCGUUCCGGCCCGGAGAUCACAGACCCCCGCCCCCGGCCCGCGUGCGAGGGAGGGCUGGAGGUGGUCGACCUCAGGCGCGCUGA